AUGGGUUUUCAAGUUCUCAGAUCUGUUAUUCAAGCCCCAUUGGCAAAACGCAGUUUCUUGUGCAAGUCCUGUCCUUCAGGCUUGAGGGUUUUGUACAACAACAUUUUGCUGUCUUCGAGAAGUUACAGUACGAAAGGCUCUGCCUUUACGCUUAUUAAAAAAUUACGGCAAGAAACGAAUGCACCUAUUUUCUUAAUUAAAGAGGCUGUAGAAGAAACAAAUGGACAAAGUUUCUUUGAAGCAAAAUCAGUUUUAUCUGAAAAGAUGAAGGCUCGAGGUCAACGUUUGGCUCAGCAAUUGCAAGGAAGAGUCGCCAAACAAGGUUGGAUUUGUACAGCAAUUUUACCAGAUGCCCAGGCUGCUUGUAUGCUUGAAUUAAAUUGCGAAUCUGAUUUCGUCGCUCAGAACCCAAAGAUUCAGAGACUUGCCCUGUCCUCAGCAUCGUCCAUUUUGCACAGUCUCAACAGGGUGAACGCCGAUUCAACUGAACAGCGAAACGUGAGCACCGACUUGGAUUCCCUGAAAAAAAUCAUCCUUCAUUCUGACAAGGAUUCCUCGAGCAAUCUCGGGAACACGCUGUUCGAUGCAUUUAGCAACGCAACGUCUACAACCGGUGAACGCAUUGAACUGUCUCGUGCAAUUGUUUUUCAGCGUACCAAACCUCAACAUCAGUUGGGUCGGUACACACAUGGCACAGAUGUGCGUGUUCAUUCAAGCCUUGGACGCGUUGGAUGCCUUGUUAGCCUUUCCAACGCCCAAAAAGCAGGCCUUGCCGAUGACAUUGCACGCGAGUUCGUCGCUCAGGACCCUGAAAGUAUAGACGACUUCUUGCAUAAUACAAGCGUGUAUGACAACUCAAAGACUAUGAAAGACUUGUUAGGCAGCGCCAACGUCGUCGACUGGGUACGCUGGGAACGCGGCCAGGCUCAAUAA